AAACUUUACUCCACACCCUCAGAUUUGAGUCCGUUGGCGGCUCCAUGGUUGGCGGUCCCACGGAUGUUUUCCAGCGGGAGGCUUUAAAAACCAAAACAGACCAUCUGUCCCUGUCAGCUUUAACGUGUAAUGGUGUAGCCUCACCAGUUCGGGUGUUUGGCAGCCGUCUUUAAGAGCUCUGGGAAUAGAUUGGCUUUGUUCUUUCAGCUUCCCUGCCAUUGUACAGCGAAUAAUAAUGCGAUAUCCUUGAACUAUUUUCGUUUGAAUCCCGAUUCUCUUAUUCACUGACUGCUUUAUGCUGCAGUCUAUAUCACGUUAAGGACAAAACAUGCCACCCAAAAAGCAGCAGAGAAAGCCCACGGCGAACAUCUCCAGUUCCCUCGACCUGGAGUCGGAGGAUAUCAGCCUGGAGACCACGGUGCCCACAGAGGACAUCUCCUCUUCCGAUGAGCAGAGGAACGGGUCGCAGAAGGUCACCCGACAGCUGAUCGAGAGGAAAGAGCUGCUCCACAACAUACAGCGGCUCAAGAUCGAGUUGUCUCAGAAGAACCUUGCUAUAGACAACAUGAAAGUCGACCAUCUGACCAGUAUUGAGGAGUCGGAGGAAAGACUCAACGAUGCACUUCACCAGAAGCAGGUCUUGGCCCUGCGAUUGGACAGCCAGCUGAAACUAGCCCAGGAAGAGAACAGGAAACAGCAGUCCCUGCGUAAGCAGGAGAUGGACGGCAUACUGCAGAGGCAGCAGCAGCUGGAGGAGACCAACCGCCAACUGUGUGACAGGGCGGGCCAGCUGCGGAGGUCCCUCAGGGAGCUGGACAUCUCCCAGGCCAAGUACCAGGAGCUGCAGGCUCAGCCCGACGACAAACUCUCCAUCCCAGAAUACGUGGCGAUGCGGUUCUAUGAGGUGGUGACCCCCCUGCGGGGCCAGCUCACUGACCUCCAGCUCAGGACCGGGGGCCUGACGGAGGAGCUGGACACACACAGGAACCAGAGCAAGACUCUCAUGGAGAGCUAUGAUGAGGAGCGGAGGCUGCGUACGGAACUUGAAAUGCGUUGUCAGAGACUGACCCUGGAUCUGGCCGACACCAAACAGAACAUCCAGGAAGGAGAUUACCGGCGAGAGAACUACCCCAGCCUUAAACGGGAGCGCGAUGGCUUAGAGGUGGAGGUGAAGGAGCUGAGGAGGCGAAUGGAGACCCUGGACCUGGCUCACAGCGGCCAGAGCAGAGAGAAGGAUGGUCUCAGCAAGGAGGUGGCAGCGUUGCAGCAGUCGGUGAGCCUGCUACAGAAGGACAAGGACUACCUCCACAGGCAGAACAUGGAGCUUAGCGUGCGCUGUGCACACGAAGAGGACCGUCUGGAGAGACUGCAGGUGCAGCUUGAAGACACCAAGAGGGCCCGGGAGGAGGUGUACGAGAAAUAUGUCUCGUCCAGAGACCAGUACAAGAGCGAGUAUGAGGCCAAGCUGAGGGAGGAGCUGGAGAGCAUCAGGCUGAAGACGGGCCAGGAAAUAGACCACCUGCAGAGGGCCUCCAGGGAGAUGUACGAGAGGGAGAACAGGAACCUGCGUGAGGCGAGAGACAACGCUGUGAUGGAGAAGGAUCGGGCGGUGGGCGCCGAGAGAGAUGCUCAGUCCAGAUACGACCAACUGCUGGAACAGUACCGCCAGCUGCAGCUGGGGACGGACAGCCGCGUGGCCGAGCUGUCCAACCAGACCAAGCUGAGCUCGUUCGAGGCGGAGCGGGCUCACAUGGUCCAGGAGGAGACGGCCAAGGCCCUGGGCCUGUGCCAGGUGGAGUGCGAGAAGCAACAGAAGAAGCUGGAGAUGUUGACGCAAGAGUUCUACGGGCUCCAGACGGUGUCGGAGAAGCGCGCGGUGGAGCUGCAGGCCCAGAACGCCGAGCAGGCCGCCCGGCUGCAGACCUAUGAGAGGCUGGAGCAGGAGCUGGACCAGGUCACCAUGCAGGCCGCCGAGAUCGAGAACGAAGAGGAGGCGGAGAGGGUGCUCUUCUCGUACGGCUAUGGCGCAAACGUUCCCACCACGGCCAAGAGGAGACUCCAGCAGAGCGUUCACCUGGCUCGCAGGGUGCUCCAGCUGGAGAGACAAAACACCUCACUAAGGAGGGAGGUGGAGAAACACACCACACAGACGGGUCACAUCUCUGAGGAGCUGUCCACAGCCAAUCGGCUGCUGCAGCAGACCCAGCAACCCUACAGCUACCUGAUAGAAACCGUGCGGCAAAGGGACGCGCAGGUCGCCUCCCUCAAAGAGCAAGUGGCCUCCCUGGAGGACAGCGUGAGCUCCCUGCGGAAGGAGCGGACAGCCUUGCAGCAGGUGCAGAACAAAAUGGCGGCGGAUUUGGAGAGACUUCUCAACCACAGAGAGGAGUUUGCCGUGAUGAAGCAGGUGCUGAUCAGCAUGCGCUCGGGACAGGGGGAUGAGGCAGGGGACCGCCCCACAGGCCCCAGGGACCGUCGUCCAAAGCACCACAUCGGAGCAGAAGAGGUCGCGGAGGGGCCGGCCAGGCCGAAACCCACCGUGUUCACCAAAAAGGAGGUUCCCGAUUGGUAUCGGAAUAAACGCAAUACCCAGCCUAAAUGACACAUGUUGUUACUGUAUAUAAUUAUGUUUGGACUGUUUUAUGUGCUGAGCCAUGUUUUAGUAUAGAUGAAAGAAGGAUGUUACAUGUAACAAUACUAUCAAAUGUCAAUCUUUUGUAAUAACAUAAAGAUUUUUUUAUAGAUUCUUGCUGGUGGCUUCUUUUGUUCAGAAGGCCUUCCGUCUGUAAAACCAGAAGUAUCACCUUUUCGAUAGAACACUCAUUCCAUACUGAGUCACUGGAUAAUAAUCCAUGUGUCAAGACACAAUGAGUCUUGGCACAGCCGUCAUUAUUAUUAAAGGUUGGCAGAGGUUAAUUCAAGGUGGGCGGACGAGUUCCAGCCGGUAGUCCUGUGAUUGGUAGCCUAAUCCUUUCAAUCAUAGAUAAAUAGUUCUGAAAAACUGUGGCCUUGUAGCAAAGCUGUAAACGGUAAACGGUUUUGUAAACUGUAAGUGCGUUUUAAUUCCCCAUAGGACCACUCUUCAGGCACCAAUGUGCAUAAGAAACGACUUUGCUAUUGGGCUAUACAUGUUUUUUUUUUUGCCAAUCGCAACGCCUGCUGCCCAAAAGCGCACGUGCCAUUAUACCUUACACAUUGCACGUUUUGAACAUUUGUGGGAAAUAUGACUUUUUAUUUGUUCUAUGGCUUCCUCAUGUAUUUAGUAAGCCAUUACUGGCCUAGUAAGUAUAGGGUGGUGGCUACAAGCUGGCCGGAUGGCCCGCCAUUUCACAUGUUUCAUUUCUUCAGCGGUUGAUUUGUAUGAGUCAAGAGUCAUUUGGUUUUAAAUAUAGACAUACUGGACAUACCAUUAUCAUUUCAGAACCAAGAUCUUAUUGGUGUCAUAUUAAACGCAGGCGGCUGCUUGAAUGAA